ACGCACGAAUAAGACGUAACAGGCCGGGAAGCAGCCCCGGGCCUGACGGGAUUGUGGCGGUCCGGUCCGCUCUCGGAAGCUUCCGCUGCCCCCGGACGCUCUCAAGAUGGCGACCUCUCUGGGUUCCAACACCUACAACAGGCAGAACUGGGAGGAUGCGGAUUUCCCCAUUCUGUGCCAGACGUGUCUUGGAGAAAACCCAUAUAUCCGAAUGACCAAAGAAAAGUAUGGGAAAGAAUGCAAAAUCUGUGCCAGGCCGUUCACAGUGUUCCGCUGGUGUCCCGGCGUCCGCAUGCGCUUCAAGAAGACCGAAGUGUGCCAGACCUGCAGUAAACUGAAGAAUGUGUGUCAGACCUGCCUUUUGGAUCUGGAGUACGGCCUGCCCAUCCAGGUUCGUGACGCGGGGCUGUCCUUCAAGGACGACAUGCCGAAGUCCGACGUCAACAAAGAGUAUUACACGCAGAACAUGGAGAGGGAGAUUUCCAACUCGGAUGGAACACGGCCCGUUGGCAUGCUGGGGAAAGCCACGUCCACCAGUGACAUGCUGCUCAAGCUGGCCCGGACCACCCCCUACUACAAAAGGAACCGGCCCCACAUCUGCUCCUUCUGGGUGAAGGGGGAGUGUAAGAGAGGAGAGGAGUGUCCGUACAGACAUGAGAAGCCUACAGAUCCGGAUGACCCCCUUGCCGAUCAGAACAUUAAAGACCGAUAUUACGGAAUCAAUGACCCUGUGGCAGAUAAGCUUCUGAAGCGGGCUUCCACGAUGCCCCGCCUGGACCCGCCAGAGGACAAGACCAUCACCACGCUUUACGUUGGUGGUCUGGGUGACACCAUUACUGAGACAGAUCUAAGAAACCACUUCUACCAGUUCGGGGAGAUCCGGACGAUCACCGUGGUGCAGAGACAGCAGUGCGCCUUCAUCCAGUUCGCCACGAGGCAGGCCGCGGAGGUGGCCGCGGAGAAGUCCUUCAACAAGCUCAUUGUCAACGGCCGCAGACUCAACGUGAAGUGGGGAAGGUCCCAGGCAGCCAGAGGAAAAGAGAAAGAGAAGGACGGAACCACGGAGUCGGGGAUCAAGCUGGAGCCCGUUCCAGGCCUGCCGGGAGCUCUUCCUCCCCCUCCCGCAGCAGAAGAAGAAGCCUCUGCCAACUACUUCAACCUGCCCCCCAGCGGCCCUCCCGCUGUGGUGAACAUCGCCCUGCCUCCGCCCCCUGGCAUUGCUCCGCCCCCACCCCCAGGUUUUGGGCCGCACAUGUUCCACCCAAUGGGACCACCUCCUCCUUUCAUGAGGGCUCCGGGACCAAUCCACUACCCUUCUCAGGACCCGCAGAGAAUGGGCGCUCACGCGGGGAAGCAUGGCAGCCCCUAGCACACUGUCAGCACGCUGGGGCUCUGCGCAAGGCGGGGCGCCUCAGGAUCCCAGUAACGAAUCUUGGAAUUUUUCCUUCCUUUGUAGUUUCCAUGGUAGCUGAAUGUGUUCAGAUGUGGGCAGUCGGAGAACGACAGCCAUGAUUUGAUUGCUGGACCUCAAAGAAGCUGCCAUUAACACAUCUGGUUACUACUCUCAUUACUAAUAAAACUGAGUGCCUGCUCCCCUCUCUCCAGUGGGGAACAAGCAGCGGGGGGAUUGGAUGUCCAACGGAGUUACCCUCCCAACUCUGUGUGCAUUUUGUAUUUUGGGGGGGAAGGAAAAUUGACCUGCGGUAAAAACCUUUUGACCAUUUUUAUGUCCCUUGGGGUAUUUUCCUUUUUAUCGUCUAAGAAAAGAUCAGUACUAAUCACUGUAGUGGCGCGAGUGUGACCUGACCCCUCUGCAGUCGCAGCCUGAGACUGAGACGGACGCGUGGAAACCAGCAGCCCGCCGCCCGGUCGCCCUGCCCGCCCCGCUCACGGCGGGGUCUGGCUGACACUCCCACUUCUCCACGCUACCGGAAAGGACGAAAACAAAAAUUCUUUUUGUUCCUAUCGAUUGGAUGGAAACAGACGUCACGGAGUUG